CCAUGUUUGGGAACGUUCUAACUCUUAUUUGUUUGAUUUCGUUCGUAAAAACUGAAACGUUAGAUUAUCGUUUAGUAAAUACGAAUCAAGGACCAGUGAAAGGGUAUAAAUUGCCAAAUGAAAAUGUGUAUAGUUUUUUGUCAAUUCCCUACGCUACUGCACCCACGGGGCUAAAUCGAUUUAAGGAACCUCUACCUCCACCAACAUGGACAGAGCCGUUCGAAGCUGUUGAAGAGGUAAUAAAGUGUCCUCAAAAUUCAAGAAUACCGGAUGGCAAGGAAAUCCGGGAACAAUGUCUUGUUGCAAGUGUCUAUACACCAAAUGCUACAAGUCAGAACUUACCAGUUUUGGUGCACGUUCAUGGAGGUGCGUAUGUGUUGGGCUAUGGGAACGGCCUGACCCCGAAAAAUUUAGUGCAAACUGGAAACAUAGUCGUCGUUACUUUUAACUACCGCCUAGGAGCAUACGGCUUCCUCUGUUUAGGGACUGAAGCCGCUCCUGGAAACGCUGGCAUAAAAGAUCAAGUUGCUCUACUAAGAUGGGUCAAAAAUAAUAUCGCAAACUUUGGAGGAAAUCCUGAUGACGUGACCAUAUCUGGCUGUAGUGCUGGCGGGUCAUCCGUUGAUUUGCUAAUGAUAUCCAAACUAGCUCAAGGACUGUUCAACAAAGUGAUACCAGGGAGUAGUGCUAAUGUGUGCGCAUAUAGUGUUCAAACAAACCCCAUUGAAAAUGCAAAAUGGUAUGCGAGACAAUUAAAUUUCAGAAACUUCAAUGAUAUAAAGGCACUAGAACAAUUUUAUCUCACCGCUCCGUUCAACGUUCUAACUUCAGUUGAUGUUGGAAAAAGAACUGACCAUAUUACAAUAUUUGCUCCUUGCAUUGAACGAGAUAUUGGGCAAGAAAUAUUUCUAGAUGACAGCCCUGUCAAUAUUCUCUCUAGUGGAAAUUAUACGAAAUAUCCAAUGCUAUAUGGUUUCGCGGAGAUGGAAGGAAUUUUUAGAGUUAGAUAUUUUGACCAUUGGAAAUUCAGAAUGAAUGAUAACUUUGCAGACUUUUUGGCACACGAUCUACGAUUUGCCAAUGAAGAAGAAAAGCAGGAACAAGCGUUACAUGCAAGGGAUUUUUAUUUCGAUGAUGAACCUGUGGCCAACAGUAAUAUUAUGAGAUAUAUCGAUUAUUUUACAGAUAGUAUGUUUGGUUAUCCAAUGUUACGAGCUGCUAAGUUACAAGCGCAAGCUGGGAACAAUCGAGUAUAUCUAUACGAGUAUUCCUUCGUUGAUGAUGAUAUAAAUUAUAUACCCCAUACGAAUCAACGUGGGGCCACACACUGCGCACAAGAAAACGCUGUUUUAGAUUCGCCUGAUGAAAAUAUUAUAACUAAUGAAUACAAGGAAAUGAAGAGGCAGAUGCGGGAAUUGUGGUUGAAUUUUAUAAAAUAUGGGGAACCAGUACCAACAGGAUCGUCCUUACCAGCCUGGAGACCGACAACAGCAGAUAAUUUAUCAUACAUGUCUCUAAACACAACCCUUGAAUACAAAGACAGGCUUUUGUAUGAAAGAGCACAAUUCUGGGAACAAAUCUACGAUAAGUAUUACCAGGGACCCAUAGCUCCAAAUCCUGAAGCCAACUUAUCUGUAAGGCAUGAUGGAACAUCCGCCUUUUAUAUUUUAUUAGCUGUGCAUUUCUUCUGCUUCCUUAGUAAGAAGAUUGCUUGAAAUGAGUAAUAUUGGAUUGUAUGGUAUUAAAAUAAUUCUAAGCCAGGUUUAAAAAAGUGUCUAACAUUUAUUUAUUUCUCU